AUGGAGGAAACACUAAAUUCAAGGAGACCUGGUCCUUCCCAUGAAAAGACCGAGAACAAGAGGCAACAUGAUCUCGUCCCCUGGGAUAAGCGCAGGAACGAGGCGCCAUCAGCACCUCUCACUUGGUUGAACACCUCUAAGACAAACAUUUUGAUGGAGGUUAAGGAUAUGAAAGAAUUAAAGUGGCCUUCAAGGAUGAAGUCGCCCCCUGACACAAGAGAUAGGAGCAAGUAUUGCGAAUUUCAUCGAAAUCAUGGACAUACUACAAAGGAUUGUCAUGCUUUACAGCGAAAAAUUGAAGCCCUUAUCAAAAGAGGAUUUUUAAAGAAUUACAUUGGUCAUGAUAAACGACCAAGGAAUGAAUGUGACAAUCGAAAAGAGCCUGGGGUCGGAAGCAAUGCUCAACCAACUGCCGGAACCAUUAAUAUUAUCAUUGGGAACAUAGCAUCCGGCGGAGACACAAGUAGUGGGCGAAAGCAGUAUGCCCACCAACAUGCUCAUACCCUAAGAGAAUCCCGUGAUGAAGUCAAAUACAUCACUUUCGGAGCAAGAGAUUUGGAAGGAAUAUCAUAUCCUCAUGACGAUGCCUUGGUCGUCUCUGUGGUUGUGGCUAACUUUGAACUCAAAGUAGUAAAAACUCCCCGACAAGGAUUUGGUGGUGGAGUCAUUAUCCCUGAAGGUAUCGUCGAGCUCCCGCUUACAUUAGGAACUGGUAGUACACAAGUGACGGAGAUCACUCCAUUCCAAGUGGUUAAUACCCCAAUGGCCUACAACAUUAUUCUGGGAAGACCCCUACUGAACAAGAUCCAGGCUAUUGUGUCAACUUUCCACCUCACCAUGAAGUUCUCCACAGGUCAUGGCAUCGGAGUAGUUCGAGGAGACCAAACAGCGGCUAGACAGUGCUAUGUUACUAGCAUCCGAGGAAUGAGUGCUGACAUCAUGCAACUCGCAGACCUCGAGCUCGAGCCAAGGGGUAGAUUGGCCCUCGUUGAGGAAUUGGAAGUGGUCGAGCUCGAGCACGGAAAAGCCUUCACUAUUAGUCGGGAUCUCAAGGCCAACCUCCGGGAGUAA